GGUGGAUGAGCGAGUGGCUUACAGUACUCCAUUACGUAAAGUGCAACUGUAUUACUGUUGAUUGUGUACCUAAAUAACCUCCACGAUGUACCACCAACCGCAGGGAAGAGUCGAUAGAAACGCGUUCUGACAUAGUUCCCUCGACGUGUAUCAUUUCCCUGACGCCAUAGCUGUCGGUUAGGAACAAAUCGCCAAAUGAAAACCCAAAUUGGAUCUCAGACCCAGAGAGGAUGGUUAAUUCAGGGAAUGAAAAAUCCAUAAGGAUUUCUGGUCUAAGAUCAAGACCGUGGGAUGAGAUUAGGAAUGCAGCAAACAAGAGGAAAACUCCACCUUGUUCCCAUGAGCUUCAUCCGAAGAGCAAAGCCAGGAAACAAAAACCAGAUGCUGAAAGAGCUGCUAAGAGAGAGUUGUUACGUGGAGUCUCUAAAAAUGUCUAUAAACAGAAAAGGCCGAGUAGUAUUUUCAUGGAAAAGUCUGUUGUGCUGCCAGAUUUCGAAUUCCAGAGCCCAGUGUUUCGAUAUGAAGCACCAAUCUCAAGUCCUUCCCCAUCUUUUACUAAAAGAACAUCUAAAGAGACAACAUGCCAAGCAAGGAGAUUCCCUGACUUCUCGGGGAAGACAAGAGAUUAUUACUUCGGAAGAGAAUUUUCUGGCGAUGACUUAGGUGAUUCAGAUAUGUUGGCUUAUUACAACAGUCUUGAAGAAAGAGAAGCUGCCUCAGCUAAUCUUAAGGACAAUGGUCAUGUAGUGAUAAGUCCUUCCUCUUUGAUUUCGAAAGUGAUCCAUAUUACUCCUUCCUCCCAGCAUUCAGAGAUGGAUGAAGAGGAAGUCUUUGGAAGGGCUGUUGCAUUGUUCAUUAUGGCUUUUCAAAAGUUCGAGAAAAAACUGAAACUAGCAGCUGAGAAGAAAUGCUCAGAAAUUAUAGCAUCGGUCUCCGAGGAGAUACAUCUAGAGGUCGAGGAUAUCAACAGGGGAAAGAAGACGAGUUACCUCGCCAAAACUCAAGGAUUAGGAGGACACCAAAUACUCAAGCAUCUAGAAGGAACCAUCAAGACAAAGCUGGACAAUGCCUCCAAAAGAAUCGAGUAUGUCAACAAUUGUGCAAAAAGAUUGAAGAGGGAUUUGAAGAAGAGCGUUCGAGAGUAUUUGAUGGAAGACUAAAUAUGGGAAAACUUUUACAGGAAAAAAAAAACACCAAAAAGCCAAAACCAACAAUAAUUUGGUGUUGGCAGAAUAAACGAUUGGCAUCAUUUCUGCUUGGUUGUGAUUUUUUUUUUCUUUUCUCUUGUUUGAAACAAAUGAAUAUAGCAUUUAGAAACACGAAACAAACAAAGACUAAUGUUUGUUUGGUUCCUAA